UCCUUUGCAAAAACCAGCGAAUAAUGGAAUUUUCGUCGUAUUUUAUGAUUUUGUUGUGGAUAUUUUCGGAAUUAACCACCACAAGGAAUGCACAUGCAACGUCUGUAUUUCAACAGACAACACUCGAUGUCACCAAGUUCGGAGCUGUCGGAGAUGGAAAAACAGAUGAUUCCAGAGCUUUUCAAUCAGCAUGGGAGGCUGCUUGUAAGAAAGGGACAAACAACGGCAAGGUAACUGUGCCGAGUGGGAAAACGUUUUUGGUCUAUCCGAUCGAAUUUGAAGGCCCAUGCAGAUUAUCUUCCAUUACAUUUGAGAUUCUGGGAGUCAUCGUUGCGCCUCCAAAAUCGGCGUGGAUGAAGAAAAGUGCAGACGCGUGGUUGUCGUUCCAUGGGGUCGACAGGCUGAUUGUGGCAGGGAAUGGACAAGGAGUGAUUGAUGGUCGAGGAGCAUCAUGGUGGAACUUACAUGUGAGUUAACACUCUCUAUUUGAAAUAUUUCGAUUUUCACGUACAAAAUGUAGUGGAAAUUGUUGUCUGAUUUCCGACAAACUCUUCUUCUAUUCUGUCUUUUUCAGGGAGACGAUGGAUCACGACCCACUGUAAGAAAUUCAAAUUUCUGCUUCAGUUCCUAUUAAUGCAUGUUGUUACUUCACAAAAUCGAAAUCCUAAAGCUUUUUAACUUAUGAA